GGGUGAACUCUACCUGUUACCUGAGAGAAGGAGUGCCAUUCGUCACCAUCCGAUUCCAAAUCAGGAUCGGCUUUUCCUUCCUCCAGGAGUCCGGAGAGGUAGAAGUCGGCCAGAACCGCCGGCAGCUGAACGAGCGAGUGGAGCAGGACUCCCAGCAUGGAGCCUAUAGCUGCUUGGAGCGAGGAGGGAGUCACCAGGUGGCUCCAAGGUCUAGAUGCUCCCAUUGAUCAGUACCCGGUUGCAGAGUGGCAUCUGUCAGGUAUGGAUCUGCUCCAGUUGACUUCCCUGGAUCUGGAGAGUUUGGGAGUUCAGAAGAUUGGACACCAGGAGCUUAUUCUGGAUGCUGUGGAGAAGCUCUGCUCCUUGACUUACGGCAUGGGAGGACAGAGCCUGCGAGGUCUGACAGAAAAGCUGCGUGCUGUUGCCCACUCCUUGCAGAUGGGCAUCCAGAGCCGCUGGCGCCUCAACGGCUACGACGGACGGAGCUCCACCAAGCUGCCAGCUGGCAUUCUGAAGAAUGUCAUUGAGCUCAUCACUUCUGCCAAAGGCCUCUUCUCAUUGCUUAACAGAUAUCAGUUAACCAAGCUGAGCGGAUACACCUCUACCCAAAAUAUAUUCACUUAUUGCAGAGAUCUGAGCGAGAUUGUGCACAAGGAUACCACGGUCUAUGAGAAGGAGAAGGACAUUAUCUCUGUGUGCCGUCAGUUGGUGGAGGUUUGUGACGAGAUCCUGAGCUCCAGCUCCGACUCACUUCUAACCCACACGGCUCAGCUGGAGAGCGUCGACCUGGUGCCUGCCUCACCCGGUGAUCAGUUGGGGAUUGAGAUAACAUCCACCAGCUCCAGCAACCACUACGUGACUGGAACGGCUGCAGAGCCCUCCACUGAUGCCUAUUUACGAGUCCUGUCUGGUGAUGAAGUGAUCCAAGUCAAUGAGCAGAUAGUGGUGGGUUGGAGCAGAGCAAACCUUAUUAAGAAGCUGCAGGAGAAUCCCAAUGGAGUGACUCUGGUCUUAAAGAGAAUCCCUGGAUCGGUGCGACACAAACAUUCAAUCCGGAUCACCCCUGUGCAGAAGGAGGAAGAGGAGAAAGAAGAAAAGUCAGAAGAAGAAGAACAGGAGGACAAAGACGAAAAUCAGAGAUCCUCCAUAUUCGAGAGAGUUGCAGCUUCUGUUCGAUCCUUGUCAUUCAGGCGGGCCGUUCAUGGGCCAGAGGUUCGACAGCAGCCUAUGGGACAGGAAGAGUCCGAGUUGCCUUCUGACAAGGAACCGGAGAGGGGACUGACUUUAACUGCAUUUCAGAACCAACAGGGCAGGUUGUCUCCUCUGCCAGUCUUUGAGAGUAAUUCGAACAGGCUCUCUCCGAAUCUAAGGAGAGACCGGACCCCCUCCCCAAGAAGUCCGUCCCCUUUUGAAUUUAACCAAGAACGAGUUAGUGUCAGCUCCUGCCCCGAAAUGGUGGGGCACACGACAAAUAAGGAAACAAAGAAGACGUCUACAAAAGGUAUGUCGACAGCUCUGAGCCGGCGACGUGUGUCCUGCCGGGAAUUGGCUCAUCCAGACUGUGAUGGCUGGCUCUGGAAAAAGAGGAAGGAGAGCAGCGUCUUCCUCACCCACAAGUGGCAUCGCUUCUGGUUUGUUCUGCAAGGACCCAGCCUUUAUUGGUAUAACACCCCACAGGAUGAAAAAGCAGAGGGUCUUCUCAACAUAUCCAGCUACAGAUUAGAGAGUGGUGGAGAGCACAAGAGAAAACACGUUUUCCAGAUGACCCAUCAGAAAUUUCAGAACUUCUUCUUCGCUGUUGACACUGCCAGCGACCUGAGCAAGUGGAUAAACAGUCUGAUUUCAGCCAUUCAAAAGUACAAGAAGCUUGAAAAAGGUCCAGAUAGUGAAGAAGAGUGUUACAGUGAAACUGAAUCAGAGAGCGAUUCGUCUCCCUCACCUCGCAGGAGAAACAAGAAGGUGCAGUCUAACACCCUGCCUCGACCCAAGGGGAAAAUAGCCAAGGCGCCAAUACCGACUUCUUUAACAGAGGGCAGCAAAGGAACAGAGGGCGGCAGUGUCGAUGAGAUGGGAAUGAUGUUUAAUAACCUGAAGGAAGGAGGCGUUUCUCUGAUUGGCCACGAGCAGCCGUUCACACACGACCACUUCAGGAGGUCCUUCAUUCGGCGCAACAAGAACCCCGUCAUCAAUGAGAAGGUGCACGCGCUUCGCGCCCUGCAGAGCACUCUGAAGGCAAAAGAAGCUGAGUUGGUGCAGAUCAACAAGAUCCUGGACGACUCUGACCUGACUGCUUUAAAGUACCGGCAGUGGAAGGAGCAUAACGAGGAGCUGGUUUCAGAAAUCGAGAGGCUGGCCACCCAAAAGGCCUCGACGGGAAGAGAGGACGUUGCUCUGGUGCAGGACACGCCUGCUGAGGACGUCACCGUGGAAACUGUUGCUACGGAAACCCCCGCCGCAGAGACAGAGGGCGCGUACAGACUCAGCCUAAGCGACGGCGAGCAGCUUGUGGAUGCAGAGCCGUCUGAUGUUCUGCCGGAGAUCCCAGUGUGCUCUUCGAGUUGUGAGUCGAGCCCGACGCUGGGACUCUCUGUGGGGUCGCUGAAGGACUCGAUAAACAAUCAGCUGCGUAAAAAUGCAGAAAGCGGAGAAGCUCCUGAUCAUUACUUCUACAUUUAAUAGGACAGCUGCUCAGUAAAGCCCCUUUUGGACAAGAUAAGGACGUUUGCCGGGGGCUUUGUAACAGAAGCACAUGUAAACAGAUUCUCUUAUGACUUUUCCCUGCAGGGAUCACUUUACAUUGCCUCUCAAUCCAAAAACUGCAUCCUUAAAGAUUUGAUCCUCUUCUUAUGUAAGAAGAAAAUCUACCAAGUGCAUAGCACAUAUUUAUGAAAUAAAUAAUUUAGUUAUGAGGUAAUAAUUUAGAUUUUAGGUUGAACUUCUUUUAAAAGUUCACAGAGAAUUUCUCUUGUUAGGUCAUGCCUUUUUAAUAUGUAAAUAUUUACCCAUAACUACUGUUUUUAUUGGUUUACUCACAUUACCUUAAAGGUAUCUUUGAAAAAUAUUGUUGAACCUUUCCAGCUGCUGAUCCAAGAUUUUUAAGCUCCUUUGUCAGUGCUUUAGUGCACCACUUUAACGUGCUUACUUAAAGAUGCCCAGUCACAUACCAUACCUACCAAAUUUACAUGUAACUAUAUCUCCCUCGUAACUCAUUAUAUUUUAUUUGUGCUUUACACACUGUUUUUGCUCUAAUUGUUAGUAUGUUUACCCUAAAGAGACCAACAGACAGGAGGUACAACAUUGCGCAUGCGUUGAUUCAGUGAACAGGGAAGUAAUUGAGCCAAAAUACACCCAUCAGAGGCGUGAAAAGAAAGAAAACCUCAGAAUCAAGUUUUAAAAAGGAUAUCAAAAUAAUUUAUGUUGGAGUUAAUUGAAACAGGAUGUUGAGUCAGCGCUGCCAGCCAGUGGCAGUCCUCACAUAAACAAUAAUGUUUAUGUCUGCUGAUUGAGCUUGCUACAAAAAGGAUUUUUCAGCCUUAAAAAGAACAAGGUAAACAGGAUCAGGAUGAAUAGAUUAUUAUGCUUUAUUAUAACAUGAACAUAUUGAUACUGGUGUUUUUGGUUGAGGCACAGUAUGUGACUGGGCUCCUUUAAGAAUCCUUCAUUGGUCUGAAGGAUUUUUCCAUAAAUAAUCCGUACAGUAUUUGCCUUGAAUGAAGCAGAGAGGCUUUUCACCAUGCUGGUUUACAGAGUGAAGAUGAUUUAAGAAUGCAAAUGCAUCACAAUAAAUUAAACUUGAUAAAAAAGUUCAUAAAUUUCAGACAGUGAAAAUGAAACAGUAAAACUCAUAUACCAUCUACAAUAAUUGCACUCAGUGUGAUAUAUUAAGAGUGUUUAUUUCUGUUUAUUUUAGCCUAAAGCUCAUAAACCACAAUACACUUUAUCAAGAAAUUAGGUGAGAAAAAGCAGGAUUAUUCAGGACUUGAUCAAACUGUUGGCCUGGAUUAGCAGCUGUCCUGACUCCCUUCACUGACCGUGGAAACUUCACACUGGACCUCAAGCUGUCUGGCUUCUCUGCCUCUUUUCUAAACACUCAGAACAAAUACAAUGUACCAUUUUUUAAAGCAAAAGUUAAGUCUUUUUUCUUUAGAACCCCAGGAAGACACUUCUGACAUUGUCUCUUUUCAGGUUUCGUUUUUACCAAGUACUUUUUUUUUUUUGCAAUUGUAGCCCAUUGCCUGAAUCUUACCCAAACUCAUCAAUCACUGCUUUACAUUCUUCUUAAGGAUGAGAUGAACACCUUCUACCACAGUUUUCACUUUAAAUCAACUCACAGGCGUAACUUUUUGAACGACUGGUGGGGACAGUCCCACUAAUAAUUUCAAUACUUAGACUUUGGCAUUAAAUGUGAUUUUGCUGCUUUUGAAGGAGGAUAUUCACUAAUGUAGCUGAAAGGGAAAACAUCCAUCCAUCAAUCCACAUUUCUUUGGAUGGAUUGAUGGACGGAUGAAUGAAACUAAAUUUGUGUGCAUACUAGGGAGGCAUGAUAUUUUGCUUAUGGCAUUGAAAUCGGCUGUUAUUCAUCCUUUUUUUAAAUACAUACAUUUCUUACUACCCAGAAAUAUAAAUAUCAGUGUAUCUUUCUUGUUCUCAAAAAUAGGAAAGAUUUAAAUAAAUAUAUGUUUGAGCUCAUUUUGGAAAAUGCAUACCCUAUUGAAAGCGUUGUCAAGUAACUGCAGGUCCAAUAACCCCCCUCCCUAAGAGUGUCCCCACCAAUUUUCAUCACAAAGUUACACCCUUGACUUAACUUGUCAUUGUUUUGUUUUUUGGGGGGAUUUAGCAGUUUGUAAAAGUGUCAUCAACUAACUGUUGGAAAGUUAGGAGGGUUCCCCAUGAUGACGUAGGCCAUAACAUGACCAUAACAUUGUUUUUGCAUUUAAAGUUCUUUCCGUGA